GUACCCGCUGAGGGUCCGGGACUGAGUGGAGCCGGUUAGCGGCUCGGACUGACCCCGGAUCAGCGCUGUGAGGACUCGGACAUGGAGAAGGACGAACCGGGUUAAAGCCUACCGUGUGAAUGUGUCUGUAAACCACUGAAUGAGAGGAGAGCAUUUAUUAACAUUUAUUAUCUAAUCCUGAUCCUGGUGUUUUUAUUUUAUUCAUUUAUUUUAUUUUAAUUCUUUAUAAAUAACUGAGGUGAUUUCUAAUUGUGGUGUUUAGGGGCUUUUGGGGUGGCAGUGGGGUAUCCUCUGGACACCAUCAAGGUCAGGAUUCAGACACAGAGGAAAUUCCUUGGGGUUUGGCAGUGCAUUGGCGCCACCUGCAGGAAUGAAGGGGUAACGACACGUGCCAGGUGUACGGCUUCUAUAAAGGCAUGUCGAUGCCCAUCACGACGGUCUCUCUCAGCUCGUCCGUGGUGUUCGGGACAUAUAGGAACGUGCUGCAGGUGUUGCACCACCUGCGGGGUAAAACUGCAGAUGCCCCCCGUGCCAAACAGGACAUCUUUCUAGCCGGCUUUGCAGGGGGGACCGCUCAGGUUUCAGUGAUGUCUCCAGCAGACAUUGUGAAAGUGCGUCUUCAGUGUCAGACCCAGACGUUACAGGGAGCUGACCUCAAGUCCAGGCCUAAAUACCACGGGCCCGUGCACUGCCUGUUAACAAUCGCCCGGGAAGAGGGAGUGUCGGGUCUUUACAAGGGAGCCGGAGCCUUGGCGCUGAGAGAUGGACCGUCUUUUGCCACUUACUUCCUUGUCUAUAACACUGUCUGUGAUUGGCUGUCUCCAGACAAGAACACUCAGCCUGAGUGGAAGGCGGUGAUGCUCGCUGGAGGAUUGGCAGGAACGUGUGCCUGGAGCGUCGGGACGCCCAUGGACGUGAUAAAGGCGCGCUUACAGACUGAUGGUGUGGGCAAGAAGCGCUACAGAGGGUUUUUUCACUGUAUAACAGAAAGUGUCCGAACCGAGGGACCUGCAGUUCUUUUUAAAGGCCUCGUGCUGAACUGCGUGCGCGCCUUUCCCGUGAACAUGGCUGUUUUUGCCGUGUACGAGCUGAUCGUACGCUUCCUACGAACCGAGUCGUAGGUCAUUCUGCUCAUUAUAUGCCACUUAUCACGUGUAUAAACAACCAUAUCACACCAUGAACACGUGGGGAGACCGUGAUGAGAAUGAGUGAUGGUGAAUUAAUGCAAGUUUAUUUAUUUAUUUAGUUUGCACUGAUUUGAGUGACGACCUCUACUUAAAGCGUUAUAUAAUUGUAAUAUAUUUUUAUUUAUAUUUGUUAAAUAUUAUAUUGUAAAAUGAUCCUGGUGAAACUAACACACAGCUGAGAUGUAUGACUUAUCGCAGUGGAACACUUUAUUAAUUGAUGUAUCACUGAAGGAGAACUCUCAUCAUAGAGCCCAGUGUUCUCCUGGUUUUAAACUAAACUGUCUCUUCCCUCUCUGUGGUUUGUGUCAUACAGCAGGUGUGUGUAAUAUUAACUAGUAUCUAGUAAGUCUGAUCACUAAAACAGAACCUUUGGUACAGCAAAAUAAUCUAAAGAAUAUGAUGGUGUGUAUGAGAAGCUCAUCAGAACACUGUGUUGUACCAGAUGAUGGAUUGAUGCUGUACGCUGAUUAUACGUAACAUUAAACCCAUUAAUGUUAAAACUAGGCUUCCCCAGGACAGUUCUGACCCCUCGGGCCCUCUGGGGAGCGCUGUGGUGUCUGACACCAGGACAUUAGCAGCAGAUCCCUUGGGUGCUGUGGGUUGUGGGCGGGGCUUUGUGGAUCAGACCCAUGAGCAUCAAACCGUUUGGGAUCUGGGGAGUUUAGAGGACGGGUCAAAGGUCUUGGGUUCUUUGCCUGCUGGGCCCAGUGCGCAGUGUUCUGAUGUCAUUCUAUCAUGACCAAAAUGGACUUUUUCCAGUAAUUUACGCUGCAUUGGCUUUUCUGUGGGAUUGAACCAGACGUGCCGGCCUUUGGGCACGAAACACUACAGAUGAGGUGGUUAGAGAUUAGUUUAAAAAAAAACCUGCUGAUUAUUUAAUUUACUAAAAUGUUACUUUUAUUUAUUUUUAUUAAUAUACAUACUUAUUUAAAGUUGAUCAGUCUGAUUGUUUUUGACAUAUAGCUCUUGGUUUAUGAUCUUUGCAGUGGAUUUAUAUGU